AUGGUGGGCGAACUUUGCGCAUCCGCUGGCACCGUGGCCUCCUGGGCCCCUCCAAUGCACCCCAGCCAUGCACCAGCAGUGCUGCUGGCCACCACCACCACCACCACCACCACCACCACUGCCACUGCAGCAGUUCACCCCACAACCUCCAAUGCAGGGCCAGUUCUGCUGGCCACCGCCACCUCAACAAUUCUUCGUGAUGAAUUGUUUCGCAGUCAGCCCAGGCUUGAGCUACCAGCCGGUCCCGUGGCAGCCGCCAAUUUCACCACAGUUCCAAAUUCCCUGCUUUCAGGCACCACCAGCCCCAGCACCAGUACCUGCCUUCAUAAACCCCGCUCCACCUCCCGCACCAGUACCUGCCUACAUGAACCCACCUCCGCCUCCCGCAGACGCGCCCAAGCUGCCCGGACCCAUUCUCAACUCCCCAGCAAUGGCGCCCCCCAAGCCUCCACGCCCCUCCUGGGCUGA